AUGACCCACCAGAUACAUGCCUACCAUAUAGUAGAUCCAAGCCCAUGACCACUAACAGGCGCAGCAGCAGCAUUACUAAUAACUUCAGGACUUGCCAUAUGAUUUCACUACAACUCAACACUACUAAUAACCCUAGGCUUAUUGACUAUACUACUAACCAUAUUCCAAUGAUGACGAGAUAUCGUACGGGAAGGAACUUUCCAAGGACAUCACACCCCUCCUGUACAAAAAAGUCUACGAUAUGGUAUAAUCCUAUUCAUCACAUCAGAAGUAUUCUUCUUCAUUGGGUUUUUCUGAGCCUUUUAUCACUCAAGCUUAGCCCCCACCCCAGAACUAGGUGGAUGUUGACCACCAACAGGAAUCACCCCACUAAACCCAUUUGAAGUGCCCUUAUUAAACACAGCAGUCCUGCUAGCUUCAGGAGUGACAAUCACCUGAGCCCACCAUAGCCUAAUAGAAGCCAACCGAAAUCAAACCAUUCAAGUCCUCACCCUUACAAUCUUACUAGGCUUAUACUUCACAGCAUUACAAGCCAUAGAAUACUACGAAACUCCAUUCACAAUUUCUGAUGGUGUAUACGGCUCUACAUUCUUUAUCGCAACAGGCUUCCACGGACUUCAUGUAAUUAUUGGCUCAAUAUUCUUAAUUGUAUGCCUUCUACGACAAAUCAAAUUCCACUUCACCUCCACCCACCACUUCGGAUUUGAAGCAGCUGCCUGAUAUUGACACUUCGUAGAUGUCGUAUGACUAUUUCUCUAUGUAUCGAUCUACUGAUGAGGCUCAU